AUGGCUGAAUCUCAAAAUACUAAAAAUUCAUAACAACAAUAACAAAGCUCUAGUUCUUCUAUGUAAAGCUAAUCAAGUAGCAGCAGCAGUAAAGAUUUUUUUAAUUUAUCAAAAACUUGCGGAGAUAAUUGCAGUAUUGUGAUUUUAGUAAUUAUGAUAUUACUGACAUUAAUUUUCUUUGGGAUAUUAAUUUAUUGCAAAUUUUUCAGAAAAACUCAAAAAGGUGGUAAAAAUAUUAUUGUUUAAGUGAAGGCAAUAUCAAUUAACUAAUCUGUAUUGGAACACGUCAGAUCGCUUUCUGAAAAGAAUAUGAAAAUGGGAAUAAAAACAAAAUCAUAAUAAUAAAUCUAUCCUCAUAAUGAAAGCAUUUAAGGUGAUGCAAGAACACAAAUAUAAUUAGAGCAAGAUUAUAAAAAUUUUCUAAAUAAUUAAGCAUUAAAUAAUAUUGCUAAUGGGAAACAAAUGUUGGAUUAUGAUAACAGUGUGCAAUUUUUUAGAGAAUCUUAAUAAAAUUAUUACUAUAAAGACUGUCAGUCACAAAAUAACCCUGAUUUUCAAAUGUAGUAUAAUAAUUAAAAUAUUUAACAUAAGCCAAUUACAGUCUCUUAAAUGUAAAUAAGGAAUGAUUAGCACGGUUUUUCUAAUAGCUAAAAAACUAGAUUUAUAAAAUCAGAGCAAGGAAAUUAUCCAAUUGAGAGCUAAAAUAUAUUUCCAGAUAAUCAGAGAAAUAACUCUAGCGUAUCAAAUAAAUAGUUAAACAAUGCUAACAAAAAGAGUGGACUUAUUCUCAAUGACUACAAAAACAAGAGUUAAAAUCUCUAAAAUUUAUAGAUUAUAAAUAAUAACCCACAAACAAACACCAACCCAAACCUAUAAAUUUAAAAUACAGAAAAAAUAAAUGAUAAAUAAUUUAAAUAUGGUAAAGUUAGACUUGCCAGCUUAAAUCCUUAAGGAAUUAAGCAUUAAAUGGAAACAGUUAAAGAAGAUUAAAAUGAAUUAACCUCAAACACAAAAGCAAUUGAAGUUAAUAAGAAGUAUAGAAGAAAGUUAAAUAUUUAAAAAUAAAUUUAAAACGAUCCUUCAAUUCUGGACUCAUCUUUAAACAAUAGCGUCUAAAAUCCUGAAACCUCUAUGUAGCUUAACAAUUCUAUCCUAAAUUAAUUACAAUUUAGUUGCAAAAACUAGAAUUCUAAGUUACUUGGUGACUAUCUAGAAGAAUAGUAAAUUAAUAUGUGA